AUGGUGCAAUUGCACCUGUUGUCGCAGGCGCUGGUCGGCCUGCCAGUGGCGGGACGACAUUACCAAGCCCGCCGCCGAUCGGCUCCACAGUCUUCACGGAUAUCCGUGAACAGCUUGUCCCAAGACCUCGAGCCUACGGACAAUCUUGCAGUCGGCGAAAUCGAUGAAGCCAAAGCAUGCAGUGCAUUACCAAGCGCUCAGACGGGUCUGCCCGACUUCACGGACGUCCGUGAAGUCUGUGUAAUGCCCCUUCUGGAGCCUCAGCGGUGCUCUGAGGUGGCUUUACUGACCGUCUUGUCCUCGCUUCUUCAGCGUUCUCUUGUCCGCGGACUGCGGCGCAACACCUCGAUAAUGGAGUUCUUCAGAGGAUAA